AUGCAUUCUGCAGCUUCAACUCUUACAUGCAUUCUGCAGCUUUCGAGAUCCACCGCUGGAGCUAUCUCUUACAUGCAUUCUGCAGCUUCAACUCCCAUCUUUCAUAGAGAUAUCAAGUCUCUUAACAUUCUUUUGGAUAAUAAUUAUAGUGCAAAGGUUUCUGAUUUUGGGACUUCCAGAUUUGUUUCAUGUGAUCAAUCUCAUUUGACUACGAGAGUGCAUGGAACUCUUGGAUACAUUGAUCCUGAGUACUUUAGAUCAAGUCAGUAUACUGAAAAGAGUGAUGUAUAUAGUUUUGGAGUCGUAAUGGUAGAGCUUUUAACGGGGAAACAUCCUACCAUAUUUGCAAGAAAUGAGGAACGAAAUCUAUUAGAGGACUUCAUUGCAUUGGAAAAUGGUAAGGAGGUUGUUGGAAUUGUGGAUAGUGCAAUAGCCAAAGAUGAAGAAACGAUGGAGGGUGUUAACUUGGUGGCAAACCUCACGGCCAAAUGUUUAAGAGCAAAUGGGAAAGAGAGGCCUACAAUGAAACAAGUGUAUUUACAACUAGAGGGAUUGAGGAAGGCUCAAGCUCAACGUUGUUCAACAUCCAAUUCAUUUUGCUCUAUGGCUCUUAGUGAUGAAGAUCUUCCAAGAUGA